UACCCAUUUUGUGAACUUCGUGUAAAAUUGCUUUAAAUUGCUGUGCAAAUACCGUUUAAUUCGUGUGUUAUCCAUUAGUUUUGUGAAUUUAGCUGUAAUUGAUUUCAAUGGCAUUGUUUUGAUGAGUGUUUUCAAAGUUAAAAUGGAAGCAUCUAAUUGGCACGAUGAACUGAACAAAUUGGCUGGAGCCAUUGAACCACAAACCAUUGCAUCUUUGCAACGAAUCAAUAACAAUGGCAUGCCAUUUGAUGACCGAUUCAAGCAGCAGUUUUUGAAUUUCAUCAGUGAAAGGAUGAGUCAAACGUACGAUCGUCUUCGAAGCCAACAGUCGGAUCAGUGCCAAGAGACAAAACAGAUUGAAGAUUGUACAGUGCCGGAGACAGUUCAUCAUCAACCAUCGUUGGAUUGUACACGUUCCACGAUUACAAACGACGUCAUUUCAUUCACCGUUCAGUUAGAUUCGGAACGUCCAGGGGUUCAGAGCACAGAAGUUACGCUGGUACCGUCGACAUGUGGAGUACAAACACCGAAUACCAGUCAAUUGCAGUCCGACGUGAAACCAGUCAUCGAUUCGAAUGAGAACCAUCUCAUUGAAAUAUCGCAAGAUCAGUGCGAUGUCCGAAUGCCUGAAUUUCUCAUGAAUUUUGACUCACAAAAGAGUGUAGACACAGCAUCACUAAAAAGGAAAUGGUCGACUGGUGAUGAAAGUCAGCGGAACGAUGAAGUAAUUAAAAGACUCAAGAAGGACAGUGUCAAUAAUGUAGUUGAUCAUGAUCUCAUCGUCAGUGAGAUGAAAGCUAGCUGUUCACGAAGCAUCGAUGCAACCAUGUGCCAAUCGUUGGUGCAAGAAGUACCCAAAGAGGCCAAAAAUGGUAUCAACACUAUUGGUACAUUGGAACAGAGCAUAAGCAAAAAGGGUGCUGAAUCCGAUAAUGUUGAAAAAUUAACAAAUUCAAUGGAAUUGAGUGGAUCCAAGGUUAACAAUUUCAAUGAAAUAGUAAUCGACUGUGCACAAAGCUCAGGGGCUUCAAUAAUUCACACAGAGGUUGAACAGUUCAAAGGAAACGAUGGUAUCACCAGUGAUGAACUGAAUCGCACCACUGUCGAAGAAAUGAUAUUUAGCUGUGCACUAUGCCCAUACCAAGCCACCGAGUACAAACCCUCUGUCGAAGCAUUGUAUCCACAUUGGUUGUCUGUGCAUUCAUCGGAGCCGUUCCAAUAUCACGUGCAUAUUACGAUGCGUUGUAUCUACUGUGAUCAUGCUGCCCCAUACCACCAAUUGGUCGACCAUCACCGUAAACAGCAUUCCGGCCACCCCUUCGUCGUGGUCAAUCUACACAACAAUUUCAAAUGUGGCUUAUGUACAUCGCCAACAUUCGAAACAAAAUCCGAGCUAAUCGCGCACUUCAACAACACUCAUGAAUCCUAUUUACAAGCAAGUCCAUUGAAUCCAAUCAUAUUGGAUGAUAAAACACUUCUAAAAUUAUUGUCGCAAAAUGCGAAUCGAUAUCGUUGCCUGAACUGUGAUCGCAUCUUCGAGUCCCUCGUUGAAAUUGCAUUCCACCAUACAAUCGAUCAUGCGGACACCGAAAUAUCCAUGGAACCGAUCAUCAAAAGUCUUGAACCGCAAAUGAUCUGUGAUUAUUGUCACAUGAAAAUUGUCGACCGUGAAAAGUACUUAAAUCACAUCGAAGAACACGAAUACCGGUUCGACUGUGGAAAAUGCAAUUUUAAAACGGGCAAAUUGAUCGAAGUGGUGAUGCAUGAUAAGCAGCAACAUCGUAACAGUUCAUUAAACUACCGUUGCUUGGAAUUUUGUGAGAUGUUGAAGCGACAUUUUUCCAACACACGAGUCGUGUUCGAGAAUGGGCUGGUUCUAUUCAAUCACAAUUUGAUCAAUACAAAUUAUGGUGGCAUAAAAAUUCUUAUCGAUAUUUUCUGUGAGGAUUUGAUGAAAAUUAUCAAACAAAAAUAUAAAGCCGAACAUGAAUCCGGCGAAUUAAAUUCGGUGAACAUUACUGUGGAACCGACACCGACCAUCGGCACUCCGGCAGUAAAUCCAAUUCCAAAUGUUAAACGGCCAACUAUUUCGACGCGAUCAUUGAAUAUGAGAGCAUUACGUGCACAAAAUCGUCUUAUUAAUAAUUUGUGCAUUUAUGGCAUUCCGUAUUUUAACAAUGAAAAUAAAGAGGCCAUAUUUUUAAGCUUGUGUUGGAAAUUACAGGUGAACAUAUUUCCACGGGACAUUGUGAAAAUCACGCGGAGCCCAGGUAAAAAUGCACCACUCAUCGUUGAGCUCAAGAAGUUUUGUAUGAAAGAGCGCAUUUUACAGAGUGCCUAUAUGCAACAAUUGUGGUCAUCGGACUUGAUUCAUUUACCUUUUGGAGUAGCACCGAUACGAGUUUUUAUCAACAUUCAUACAACAAAAGUGUACGGCCAUAUGGCGAAAAUUGCACGGAAUGCCAUGAAAAAUAAUACGCUACACACAUUUUGGAUUACGAAAUUUGGAUUUUUGGUUAAACGAACCGUGAACAGCAAAGAUAAAAUCGUGUUGUCAACCGAUGAACUGGUUAGUUACAUCAAUCAACGCAAACAACCGACUAUCAAUCGCAACAAACCAUUUUAUCGACCAAUUGAAUGGGUACCGAAAUCAACGAUUUAGUGGCGGGAACAUCAAAAAUAGAUAAUCUAAUUUUAUCUCGGUUAAGAAAAUAAAGAGGACUGGAGAUUAGAGCAGAGAUAUAGCCGCAACAUUUUUACUUGCAUAAAAAAAAUACCAAGGGAGAUUCAACUAAAAAUUUAAAGAUAAAAUUGUUUGUUUUUUUUCAGUCUCAAAAAGAAGAAAACCCGUUAUCUCAACUCGAAACAAAUUGUGAUAAAUCUAAACACAUUUUUUAAUCAUGUAAUAAAUAUUUAAUCAUUCAAGCCUUGAACUACAAGGCAUUUAUGCUUAUAAGCAUAUAUUUGUGAAAAUAUCUUCAAUUAUGAAAUACAAUAAAAACCACAAAUCUAUUGAAAAUAUC